UUUCCCGGCGGCAGUGCGCACAUCGUUACAUCAAGGGAGCCGGAAGCUCUAAAAUAAAAUAAAAAUAAAAUAAAACAAAUUCUCCUGACUCCUCUGCCACCGCUGGCGCCGCCCAGUCCUCGCUCGCGCCGCCGCGAUUCGCCGCACUCGCCAGCACCGUCCGCGCCGCCGGCCAGCGCCGCCCCUCCGUCCACGCCGUCUGCCCGCGCCGCCCCUCCGUCUGCGCCGCCCGUCCGCGUCCUCUAAUCGUCGCCGGCACAUCCGUCCGCGCCACCCGCGCCUCCGACAUCAUCGCAGACACACCGACGAGGAGGCCUACGCCGCGCUCCGCGGACGCGACAUGGCUCCCAACGAGACCGCGCAGAAGCUGCUCCUCCAAGGAGCCCAAAAUGCAUGGGAUAUGCUGUCUGAGGAGCAAUCACAGAAACACAUCACUACUGGCUCUGGUGACUUGAACGGCAUACUUGGUGGAGGGAUUCAUUGUAAAGAAGUUACUGAGAUAGGUGGGGUUCCAGGAAUUGGUAAAACUCAACUGGGGAUUCAGCUAGCAAUCAACGUACAAAUUCCCGUGGACUAUGGUGGCCUUGGCGGCAAAGCAAUUUAUAUUGAUACAGAGGGCAGUUUCAUGGUUGAACGCGUCUAUCAAAUUGCUGAAGGGUGUAUCAGUGACAUAAUGGAGUAUUUUCCAUGCCACCAUGACAAGUCGUCAUCUGGCCAAGAAAAUCUGCAGCCUGAGAGUUUCCUGGCAGGAAUCUACUACUUCCGAAUAUGCAGCUACACUGAACAGAUUGCGGUGAUAAACUAUCUGGAGAAAUUCCUCAGAGAACAUAAAGAUGUGAGAAUAGUUAUUAUUGAUAGUGUUACUUUCCACUUUCGACAAGAUUUCGAUGAUCUGGCUCUGAGGACUAGAGUGCUCAGUGGAUUAUCAUUGAAGUUGAUGAAGAUUUCAAAGUCAUAUAACUUGGCGGUUGUCUUGUUGAACCAAGUAACUACUAAAUUUACAGAAGGAUCAUUUCAGUUAACUCUUGCUCUAGGUGACAGCUGGUCCCACUCGUGCACAAAUCGACUGAUUCUAUACUGGAAAGGGAACGAGCGGUGUGCAUACCUGGACAAGUCCCCUUCACUUCCUGUAGCUUCAACACCGUAUGCAGUGACAAGCAAAGGGGUGAGAGACGCUGGCAGUUCAAGCUGCAAGCGAGUUAGGGUAAUGUAGCAACGUUGGAAUGCAUGGUCUCGCAUCCAAAGAAUUGCGCCAUUCGCUUAGGCAUUACUCCCUCUGUUUUAAAAUAGAUGACUCAACUUUGUACUAACUUUAGUAUAAAGUUGGGUUAUCUAUUUUGAAACGGAGGGAGUAUGUGCCAUGUGUAAGUAGCUACUGGAAAAGCGAAGUUCAACUCAUUUGGUUGAUCCAUUGAUUCAAAGAUGCACUCCUGUUGAUUCA